AUGACAGACACACGUGACCGUGCGCCGUUCCCGUACGGCAUCAAGUCGUUCGACUUCCAUACCUACAUCCCGCUGGCGGACCCCGCGCCGGCGCUCCGCUUCCGCGACGCCGUGUGCUCGGAGUUCCAGGACGCGCUGCGCAGCGGCGCGGCGAACGCGUACGAGCCGCACAUGGGCAGCAUCGGGCCACAUGUCGAGGCGGGCCUCGGCAUGUUCGAGUUUGACGUGUGCGACGCAGACGUGUUCACGCGCAUGCUGCAUUUUUUCCAGCUCAACCACGGGCCGCUGAGUGUGCUGAUCCACCCGCGCACGGAGCGCGGGGAGCUGUGGGACCACACGGAGGGUGCGUUGUGGCUGGGGGCGCAGGUGGCGCUCGACCUCGGUGCGCUGGCAGAUGAAGCUCAUUUGUAA